UGUCCGGGCUGCCCGGCAGGCAGGCAGGCAUCAAGCCAGCAAACCUGACGACUGGCUCCAACGAGGCAGCCCGCUCUUUUAACAGCGAGCGCGCGUCGUAGCAGCGUUGAAUCCCCCCAUCCACCACCACCACAACCACAGCAACACAAGCAACAAUGUCUGCCACCCCCGACUCCAUCUUCCCCCUCGAGGCGCCCCUCAAGCUCUCGCCGGGCGACUACAUCUCCGAGGAGCCCGUCACCCUCCACAUCAAGGACAAGUUCCUGUCGUACAUUGGCUCCGGCUUCAACAUCACCAACACCAAGACCGGCGAGCGCGCGUUCAAGGUCGAGUCCAAGCUCUUCUCGCUUUCGGGCACCAUGAUCUUCGAGUCGCCCGAUGGCAAGACCGACCUCUUCCGUCUCCGCUACCACCCCCUCGAGGGCGGCUACUUCCUUGCCGAGCGCCUCGACAUGCUUGACCCCAACUCGAUCUUCUCGGGACCCGAGAACAUGGUCAUGUUCACCGUUGAGGAGACCAAGAUCCCCGACGGCACCAAGACGUACGCCGCCUCGCUCUACCUCGUCCGCGGCAACAAGGCCGUCCGCGGCCCCCGCCUCUACCUCCGCGGCGGCUUUGACGGCGGCGAGAUUGUCCUCUCCACCACCGGCCAGGUGGUCGCCGUCAUCUCGCGCACCUCGGAGGACGCGUUCGGCAAGAUGGCCCAGGAGAAGGAGCCCGACAGCUACUUUGUCACCGUCGCCCCCGGCAUGGACUACGCCGCCGUCGCCGGCAUCGCCGUGUGCUUCAACGAGCUCCACAACAAGGUCUCCAAGUCGCACACUGGCUCGCAGCGCGAGAGCAGGAGCGCGUCGCGUAUCGGCUCGCGCUCGGCCUCGCGCGCCGCCUCCAGGAGCAGGAAUGCCUCGCCCCGUCGCCAGACCGAGGGCGAGAUCUAAGCAGCGCAUUGCUGGCUUGUUCACACCACCACCUCUGUUGUCUUUCUGGGAGGGCAGCCGCCUGCCCCAUACUACUUAAUAAUGCAAGAUAUGGAUGAUUUUCUUGAUGCCCA